UUUCCCGUCGCCACACCCUUUCCUACUCAUUUCGGUCGACGUGUGUGCAUCGUCGCCACGCCAUUCCCUGUUCGAAGACCCUCUGUUCUCUUCUCCUCCAUCUCGGCGCCCUAAUUGCAUUUGGAGAUGGCGGGCACAGGUCGAGUUUGCCCUUGCGGCUGCAGCAGAUUCUCUCCGGCGGGAGGUCCAUGAGGCCGGAGCUUAAAUUGGAGCAUGAUGCUAAUGAUGUACGUGAUGUUUUGGACCUUACUCUCAGCAUGGAUACAGAUGAAGAGAAGCUGAUAUUACAUGAGAGGGCAGAGGUAGAUGAUUUUGAGUUGAUACCUGGUGGGAGAAAUAUUACGGUUGGUGGGGAAAAUAAACAUGAAUAUGUGACUCAUGUAGCAGAGAAUUGGCGAACGACUGCAAUUAGGCCUCAGAUUAAUGCAUUUAUGGAAAGUUUCAGAAAAAAUGUGCAUGGAAAGCUGCUAUUGUUUUUUUGUCUUACAGACUAACUACGUUCCACCUCCAAUCAGUGGAUGAUUUACGAGCAAACACCGAGUGUUUUGGCUACAACAAUGCAUCCUCCAUCAUCCAAUGGUUCUGGGAAGUUGUUCAGGGUUUCAGCGAGGAGGAUAGUAGAGUUCGAUUCCUGCAAUUUGUCUCUGGCACCUCCAAGGUAUCUUUCUUUAUCUGAAGCCUCCAGCUUUCCGUAGUAGAUCUAUGCCAUAAACUUGAUCUUAUCUGGAGCUGUGAAGUAUAUUGAUUCGUCGAAAUAACUGGGUUUCAUCCAUUUAGAGAUAAAAUCCUUGGCUCUUUUUAACUCGGUUCUCUCUAGCUCGGUGGCAAGCAAGAUUAACUCUUUAUGUCGCUACAUAAAUAU